CAGAAGCUACCAGGAAGUGCAAAGCAGGAAGUUUUAAAAGUUUAUUAACUUUUUAGAUAGCUGUUGAUUUGUUAUUGUAUGCUAGCUAGAAGGAAGAUAUACUAUAUUAUUUGUAUAUUUUAUAAAGAUUAAGAUGCCGUCCAAGUCCAAGUUGCCGCCUCCCCCUGCCCGCUCAGGUGGCGGUCGCCCUCUCCCUCCAGAUCCAACGUCUUUUGGAUCUAGUGACGCACCCCCUCCACUGCCAUCCCGCCCUGCCCCACAUCGACCAGAUAGAGGUGCACCCCAACAGCCACCACCACCCACACAUGACAGUUCAGACAGCGAAGAAGCCUAUGAGGAGCCGGACAGCUCAGCUGCCCCACCACCCCCUGUUGUCCGCCACAUGCCCCCACCCCCUCGAGGACCUGUGGAAGAGGAAACGUAUGACGCCUGCGAGAUCGAACAGCAAGAAGAUGAGUUUGAACAGGAGGAAUACGCUGAAUGUGAACUUAAAGAGGAGCCGGAAGCACAGGGGGAUUCUUUGUAUGAAAUGGGUGAUGUCGAAGAUGAGGUAGAGGAAGAGUCUGAGGAGGAGGAAGAGGACCUCCCUCCCCCACCCCAGGAGGAAUUAAUCCAGGAGGACACAUAUGAGUUUGUGCCUGGGGAGGCAAUGACAGCAGAGCCCACUCACCCCGUCCCACCUGUACCCCCGUCCCUUCCCAGCCGCCCAGCACCUUCACGACCUAUGCACAGGGAUGCCAGUCCAGAGCCUGUUCCGGAACGACCUGCAGCGAAUAAAACCAAAAAAGUAUCGGGUGACGGUGCCGUUAUGUUGGGUAUUUCCCAAAACGAGCUAGCAAACAAACUUAACAGACUAAAGAAAAUUUCGACGUCUGAAAAUUCGGAACCUCCCCCAAAACAGGAAGUACAAAAGCAAGAGACGGCACCUGUUGGCUCAUCUUUUCAACAACGAAUGGCUUUGUUCAAAACGGCAGAAAAAGAUGACCCUGAAGGUGACGGGUCCGACUUAAGCUCACAAAUUGCUAAUGCUCGAAAAUCUUUAAAAUCCCGCCCUCAACUGCCUUCAAAACCCAGACGUUCAAAUUCCCCUCAAACAACCCUUUCUGUACAAGCAACUCCAAAUAUAGGUAAUUCAAAAUCAGAUAGUGAUUACAGAGGUGCAAAGCCUAAAAUUGCUGUAAGAAAUCGCUCCCCUACGCCUGUAAGAACUCCACCAGAUUUUGAUAAUAAUGAAAACAUGCCAAGUUUAACUAUAAAACAAAGAAUGGCAUUGAUCAGUGGCAUACAUAGUGAAACUCCAUUUAAAGCCAGCAAUAAGAAUUCAGAAACCCAAGACAAACCCCCUCUCCCCGUAAAGCCCAGUAAGCAACCCCCACGCACCCCUGCAAAGCCUGGGAAAACUGCACCUGGGAGUUUACAGCCCAAGAGCACAGUACGCCCUUACGGCUAUGACCUCGUUCCAUCAAGAACAACAGACAGGGAUACCACAGCUAGUGUGCAGAUGAAGCCCAUGGAAAAGCCAGUUACUCCAGUGGUAGAAAGAAAGAUAACUCCUGCCCCCGCCCCACCCCCGCCACAACCGCCUGCUCAAGAGUGGGAGCAAGAUGAGACAUAUGACGAUGCCUCCAGCUAUGUUCCCCCUCAAGAUCCCCUGAGUAAGGAGGAGUGGUACCAUGGUAACAUAGAACGUCGCGAAACUGAGUCACGCCUUAACCAAAUCGGACAGGAUGGAACAUUCCUUGUUCGCAAGAGUAAACAGGGCGGAGACAAGCAGCCGUACACGCUGGUCGUCUUAUACCAGAGUCACGUGUACAACCUGAAGGUCCGCGUACGAGACGACAAUCAGGUUGCCCUCGGGGAAUGGAAGGACGAUGAACUGGCAUUUCAAGACGUAUCCACCUUAGUCGACCAUCACAAGAAACAUGAAGUGAUUCUGGUCAAUGUCAAGCAAAACAAACAAUAUCAAACCCUCCUGCGACGAUUCCCCAUUAGAAUCAAUGGAUUCUCAUAGAAGUUACCUCCCUUGUGGAUGUUUUAUUACCUCCCUUGUGGAAGUUUUAUUAUCUCCCUUUGUGGAUCUUCAGUUGGAAAUGCAUUUCCAUACGUGAUCUUCAGUGGAAUUGCAGACGUUAAAUUUUCCAGGAAAUCCUAAUAAUUCUUUAGGGUUAUAAUAAAAGUCUGUGGAAUGUUUUUUUUUAUUUAAUUUUUUAUUAAUUUUGCUCUUUUUUCUGUAUAAGCUAAAUAGCCAUGCAUUUGCUUGGCACCUUGAACUGUUUACUCUAUGCUAAGUAUAACCAACUAUUUUGAAUAAUUAUUACAGGUAUUUGUAUAAAAAUUAAUCUUGCAUUUCUUUUUUAAUUUUUGUUUUAUAAAAGUACUACAUAUCUGUAUUUAUUAAAUGAUCAAUUUUAGUUUGUACCAACGGUUGCAACUUGCACUUAGGGAACCCGGAUGAAUUUGAAUUUUGAUCAAAGACUUUUGUAUUUGCCAGUUGUAUUCAAUGUUUUUCAUAAUUUCAUUUUAAGCCUUAAAAUGAAGUGCUGGAAAAAGGGGUAAACAAGGUGAAUUGGCACGUGUGUUAUGCCCGUAAUGCUACAUGGCGAUGAUGAAAAUCCCCUGGUAUGUGACCCAAAUCCCCUUAAAUUCUGGACAUGAUCCCCUCGGGAGCCUUUCAAAAUUAUGGCAAUUUGUGUUUUUUCGUACUUGCGUCUUAAAAUACUUUGAAAUUUUGCCAAAUUAGAUCUGCUAAAAAUCCCCUUGAAUACUUCCAAAAUCCCCCUGAAUUUUCAGACUUUUGAACAAUUCCCCCUGAAUGGUCUCCAGAAAAUAUGGCAUGUAUGUUUUAAGGGGUUUAAUUAAAAAAAAUAUAUAUGCAAUGUUUUUGUGGAACCUUAUGGAAGUUGAGUUAUUUUGCUUCCUUUUAUGAACAAACACCGAACAGCAACUGGCAUCUAUUAAUUUGAACAAAUUUUGUAAAUCAGAGCCCAAAAAUCAAUUUAAUUUUCAAUAGUGUUACUAUGAAUUUUCGGCAGAAUAGAGCUUUUUCUAUCACAUUUUUAAGAACUUAUUAAGGUUAGAGCUCUUAUAUGAAUUUGUGGUGAUGUUUUUCACAUUUCACACACAAUUUUUUUUUUUAAUGUCAGAUGCUAUAUAACGCGAAUGAGUGCCUUUAAGAUAUCUCAUGUACAAUUUUGUCAAUUCUGCGAGCUUGUUUAUCCCAUUGUAAUUUUGUUUGGAUAAGGUGGUGCUAAAUUCUUUGAUAAUCCCGUCUGGCAUAUGUUUAUUCAAGAAAGUAAAUAAUACUAAUUUCUCCAAGCUGCAACUUUGGGCAUGAAUAUAUCUUUUUUUGAACAAGCAUGAUUGAAGAUUUAGAACUCCCUAGAAUUUAUAAAAUAUUGACAUAUUUUAGGAUAUCAUUUGAGAUUAAUGAUUUAAUUUUGCGUCCAAAUUUUAUUUUAGCGUUAGCUAAUUUUCUUUAGAUAUAGAUGUUUUCAGUUUGAGCAAAUCUGUUAAAUUUAAAACUUUACAAUCAGAUUCUGUAGAUGUAGACUUUUUGUAGAAAAAUAUGGCUAUUGAGUGCUUAUAUGUAAUUAGGCGUUUUUACGAUAAAGUGUAUUUUAUUAUUACUAAAGCAGUCCAUCCAUAAUCAAUAAAUUGACAAUAAUAUUUUCCUUCAUUCAACUCCAAACACCAUUUAUGUAUAUUAAAAAUUUGCAAAUAAUUUAAAAAUGUAAAUUAAAUAAUGUUUUAAUAUUUUUUUAUUUAUUUAUACUAAAAAUUAUAUAACAGCAGGAUAAGUAUAAUGUUGAUAAUAUGAAUAUUCACUCAGUCUUUAUAAAAAAUCAUUCCAAAUUAUUGGGUCGAUGGUUAGAACUUUGUUUAUAUCAAUAACGGGAUUAAUCGAUUAAUAUCCAAUGAUCAUGUGCAAAAUCGAUAUUUUCAAUGUAGUUGAAAAUACUGUUUUAUGAUGAAAAUAAUAUGUGGACAUUUAAAUCACUUGUAUGCAUUUUAUUAUAUCUUGAACUUCAUUCCACCAAGCAGGACUUGUUUAAUCAUGCUCCAAUAUGGUUAUUUUAUGUGCAUAAUAUUCCACAGUGUUAAUGAAUAAAGUAAAAAAGUUGUUUUUAUUAUAUAGUAUGUAUGCAGUAUGCAUGUACUGUACUGUAUAAGAGUAUACUUUAAAUAUUCCAUGUUGUGUAUAAAUUGAAUAAUUUUAAUGAUUAUGAGAUCUAAAUUGUUUUUGAUAAUAUUAGGGCUCAAAAUUAAAUGUUUGUUUCGGGUAACAUCCCCAAAAUUACUAGGUAGGGUAGGUAGGAUUUUUUUUAAUUAUAUUUUUAUUUUCUUGAAAAUAGCCCUACUCCUUGCAAAUGUCAUUCAUAUAUUGCAGUUGUAUGGGGUUUAAUUUGUAUGUUUAACUUUUUUUUUUUCUUUUCUUUUUUUGGACAAAAUUACUAGGGUCUGCAGCCUUUUUUAGGUAGGGUCUGGUUACCUGAAACAAACAAUUAUUUUUCAGGCCCAGUCAGUAUUUAAACAUGUACAUUGUACACAAAUAUACAUUUUUGUAUAUUUUUAUCAGAGAUAUAUUUAUAUUGUUAUACUAAAUUUACCAGAACAUUCCAACUAAUUUUAACUACCCUAGUUAAGGUAUUUCACCUACAAAACAGAUAGAAUGUCAUAGCUCUAUCAUCCAUAAUAUUUAAUGGCAUCCUGUCAUAGCUCCAUCAGCCAUAAUGUUAAAUGUUGAUGCAUCAAGACCCUUUACAAUUUUGUAUUAUUUGAAAGAGAAGCUGAUUAGGCAACUAUAAAUAAGUUGCUAGAUUUUCCCCGCUCCCCCCAUUUGUUUUUCCGCCACUCCUUAAAUUUGAUUGUUUAUGCAAUAAGAAAGAGAAUGAUCACAUAUUCAAUGUUUAAACUUUUCAUAAAACAAUUACGGGUGAUUCGAGUAGAAAUAAAAAUAAAUUAAUUAAAACUCAGCUUUAUUAUUCAUUUUUUCUGAACAUUUAUUUUACACAUUCGUAAUCAUUAUGCAAUACUUUUUCAAAUGAUGCCAAAAUUAUAUGCGGUCACCUGGCUUCAAAAUUUAAAAUUAUUGCUCAUGGCGUGGUGAAAUUACGAGGUUCCAUGAAAUACCCUAGGUGUUGGAUCACUUCUUGUGCCAUAAGCUUGGAAAACGUUAUUUAUUCCAUAUCUUGCCUUUUUUUUACAAUUCCAUGUAUAACCCACCUUAUUUAAGAUACACAAAUAAUAUGUUAAAGCUAAAAUAAUGUAAAAAUUACAUAAUCAAAAUAUCUAUUUUAUAUAAUUAACAUGUUUUAAACAAACAAGUCUUUAGCUUAACUCUUUUUGAAGGUAUACGGUAAACACACAUUUACACUGAAAAUUGCAUAGAGGAUAAUUGUUGUUUCUGAGUAAGAUCAUAGUAUAUUUCACUGAGCGAUGUUCACAAAGUGAAAUAUUUUGUGAUUUUACACUUAAACCAACAAUUUUUCUUUUUAUUCUUUUGUCUUAAAUGUAACAUAAAAUGACAUUUUAUUGUAGUUUUUCAGAAAAGCGGGUCAAACUGUAUUUGAACGUAAUUUCCAUUUUGGUAAAUGAAGUCGUUGACAUUUUGUCCCAGCUCUGUCUGGGCACGCUGAAUCUUGAUUUGGAAGUGAGAGUGGGCUAAAAUUUCACACAGUAAAAAUAUCAAAUUGAUAUUUCACUGUGAUUUAAACAUUGAAAUAUCAUUUUUAUUUCACUGAUAAAUAUCUAUAAAUCACCAGAAAGCAUAAAAUAAAUGUGUUUAACGAGUCUCUACUCUCUCACUUGAAUAAUUGUUGAGUUAUGCCUGUUGCUUUAUUGAACGAAACAAAAGCAAAUUACCAGGGGCACUGAUAACAAACAGGUUUAAGUCUGAGUCUAGACUCAGAGUCAUCCUUAUUCUAUCAGUUUUACAAUAAUUAUCGUGAAUAAUUGUGCAAUUGCGAACAGUCAUAAAAAUUUGGUCAUCAAAAAUCAACUAGAUAAAAAGAUACAACGAAAUAAAGAUUUGCAGUUUUUCCACUGAAGUCUGGACUUCGACUGUGACUUGAGACUGUUCGUAAUCAUGGCCCCAGAAGCAACCACAUACAUUCUGGGAACAAAAUAUUGCCAUUUGUUAUAAGAUUUUAGUAUGCAAUUAGUUAGUAAAUGUUUUAUGUAAAAAAUAUGAUAUAAUAAUUCUGUGAUUCAUGUUAAUUGACGGGUUUGUGUGUGUAAACUUGGCUGUGUAGUUAUUCUAAAUAAAGGCAUUUAAAUCGUUUGUUUUCUAACCUCAUCUGUAAUUGUUUGUGUGUCUGCAGAUUAAUUCUUCCACUUCUGUAAUUAAGCUGAAAUAAAUAUGAACAAUUAUUAA